CGCAGCCAUGGAAACUUUUCCAUACUGGCUUUGACUAGCCAUCUAGUCCUGUGGUUGGCUGGCUGCUGUCUAACAGAUCUAUCGCUCGCCUUUGAUAAGCCUUUUUCCUCCAGGCUUGGAGGUGCUGCACUACUCAUUUAUCUCACGCUCCAAUCAUACCUUGACACUGCACCGGGCAAACUUCCCGUUCGCCCAAACCCUGGUGAUUUGAUCGUGCUCGGCAGAUGCACGCUUUACCACAAACCCAGCAGUCCAGACAUCGGCUUUUCCUCCCCCGGUUGAUCCUAUAAUAUGCUCCAUUCAGAGACUAUGUCUGGACUGGGAGGUGGCUUCGGUCGCCAAUUCGAGCGCGAGACAUGGACGCUUUAUGGUGUCGGCGUCUUGGGCGCUAUUCUUCGAUUUGUUGCCCGUGUUCGACGUUUGGGUAUUCGCAACCUCCAAGUCGAUGAUUAUCUGAUGAUGUUCGCCGUUGUCUGGUAUACAAUUCUUUGUGUUGCACUCAACUCGGUAGCAACGGGUGGAGGAUCAAAUUUGAUGACGGACGACGAUAUAAAGAACUUGACGCCCGCCACGCAUGCCGAGCGAGAGCGGGGCAGUAAAUGGGUGUUCGUCUCUGAACAUGCCUUUAUCCUGUGCAUCUGGAGUUUGAAGGCUUGCAUGCUCGUCAUCUACUCCCGUAUUACUGAGGGCCUGAAGCAGCAAAAAUGGAUCAACUACAUCGCUAUCUACGUUGCGGUCGGCUUUGUCGCUACCGAGUUGUCGCUUUUCCUCAUCUGUCGCCCAAUCACCAACUAUUGGGCUGUGCCUACGCCGGACUAUCAAUGUUCAUCCUAUCAGUACUAUGAGAUCAUCCAAGGAUGUUUCUCCAUCUCAGCCGACGUAUUCAUGUUGAUCGUCGCCAUCCCGAUGUUGGUGCAGGUCCGCGUGCCCAUGAAGCAGAAGUUGAUCCUGCUGAUUCUGUUCGGCAUGGGCGUCUUCGUUAUCGUGGCAGCCGUCCUCAACAAGGUGUACUGUCUCGUCCCCGCGCUUAUUUCCUAUGUCUAUAUGAAUUGGUACUUCCGCGAAGCCACCGUUGCCAUCCUCGUUACCAACCUUCCGCUCGUUUGGUCACUACUUCGUGAUGUCUUCCCGGCCCUCAAGAGUUGGACUGGGGGAUCUAAGCGAGGUACCGACCGCUACAAGUCCGGCCCUUGGACCAGCAAGAAUUCUCGACCCUACGGACCACACAGUCAAUUACGCUCCGGUGACUUCGACAUGAACGAUAUCCGACACAAUGCGACCGUGACCCCGCAGAAGAGCACUGCAGCGGUUUCCGACGUGAGCCUGGGCGCCAGCGAGGAUCGGGAUAUGAGCAGCGACGAUGGAUCAGCUCGCGCUCUGCGGAUCAGACAAGAUAUCACCGUCACCGUACAGCACGACUCCCGGCCAGCAGACUACCAAACCAGCUCGGCGCAUGCAACACGGGUACCCCAAGAGCGUGAGGAGGUUUAGCUGCUGCCCCUCCUGCUUUUUACGCCAAUCCAAAAAUCAAAUAAUUCCUAUUUGUUACGAACUCACGGGGUCCUGGUGGGCCAGAUACCCAGCCUUUGAUUGUUUCGCGCCUCGCCAUGCAUAACCUAUACAGUUUCUUUUUUCAUGAGCACUUUUCAUCUUACCUCGAUUGAUCUGUACGUAUUCACUUCUAGACCUACUGUUUUUGUUUCUUUGAUACGGUGGCUUCUUCCCG